AUGAGAUGGUUGGAUGGCAUCACUGACUCAAUGGAUGUGAGUUUGAGCAAGCUCUGGAAGAUGGUGAAGGACAGGGAAGGCGUGCUGCAGUCCACGGCGUCUGAAAGAGUCGGACAUGGCUGUGCGACUGAACAACAGCAUGCAAUUCAGGCCAUGCAUAAGAUUUGUCAGCUUAAUAUAUAUUGCAGCCUCGGUAUUUAUAUUGAAAAUGGCUUAGAUUUUUUACUGGUUUUCCCACAAAUCCAGGGGUCUCAGGCUGCAAACUGCCACACAUGUCCCAGGUUGUCCACACAGAAGUGA